GGACACAGGGGGUAGCAGCGGCAGGACCGUGUGGAGGGACAGAGAUACUACAAGAGUAAAGAUGGAAUAGCUCCGAGUGGUGUUACCACCGACUGACCAGCAGGGGCGGUAGUUGACUAAUGGACCUGGACAGGAAGCGCAAGGAAUUAUGGGACUUUUAGUUCUCAGUGGAGGACGGCUGGCUUGAUAACACCGCGAAGAACAAAUCGAGACAGCUACCACCGAAAAUAAAAUAUCUGCCUCGGAUUUAGCAUAAGUAAGACCUCUGCAGGCGUCGAGUCCGGAUAAAUUAAGGUGGAUUCAAUCGUCGCACGAAGAAAAGCGGCUCACUUUUGGUAAAAAAUAAACAGGAAGUUGUUAGCGUUGUGGGACGUGUAGUUCCGCUUGUAGGCCACUGAGCUUGAUAACAACGCAUAGAAUAAAGAAACAACAAUAAAAUAACCUAAACUUCAUUGGAAGACCGUGCUUUUGGCCUCGGUGUUGAAGUAAACAUGCCCGGGUUCACCUGCUGUGUCCCUGGGUGCUACAACAACUCGCACCGGGACCGGGACCUGCGCUUCUACACGUUUCCUAAGGACACCGCGCUGAGGGAGCUGUGGCUGAGGAACAUCUCCCGGGCCGGGGUCAGCGGCUGCUUCAGCACCUUCCAACCCACCACGGGACACCGAGUCUGCAGUGUGCAUUUCACCGGCGGGAGGAAGACCUACACCAUCCGAGUCCCGUCCCUCUUCCCUCUGCGCGGGGUAAAUGAACGCAGGAGUCGGCGGGGCAGAGGCAGGAAAGUGUCGGCGGCGGUUCCUGCCUCCGCCGCUGCAGCGACCUCCGGGAUUGUGCUCAGCAAUGUCCUGGGCAGCACGGCGGAAGGAGCCGAGGGCAAUGCUGGCGGCGAGGCGAGCGAUGACGGCAUCACCGUGGUCCAGAUAGGCCAGAACGGGGAGUACCUGGGCACGGCGCGGCUGCCCGCCCAGUCAGAGGGGACUUGUUACACCGUCGGCAGCGCCGACGAGCUGACCGCCGACGAUUCAUCGGUGGAAACCGCGUCCGCGCCCGUGCAGUACGUCAGUGUGACCAGCAGCCCGCUGGACCACUCGUACUCUCUGACCACCGGCACCACGUCGGCCGAGCUGCUGCGGAAACUCAACGAGCAGCGGGACAUCAUCGCACUGAUGGAGGUGAAGAUGAAGGAGAUGAAGGCGUCCAUCCGCCAGCUCCGGGUGACCGAGGCCAAGCUGCAGGAGGAGGUGCGGGAACGGGACCGGCUGCUGUACGGAAACUCGGUGGCUUUUAGCGUCCGAAAGAAAAUCUGAUGGGUGAACAUCAACGGAGACGACCCGUUAUAGAGACUCAGACUAACGGAGAAGACACCGAGGGGUUUGAAGGCAGCCGAUCCAGACCUAUUUUGUAUAAACCACGAGCGAUGACAAUGUAUUUUCAACAAGUAAAGCUGAUUUGUUGUCGGCCUCUGGUAAAGAGAAAGUUGGUGUGCUAGUUUAUGUAGCUUAGCCUAUAAUAAUAACAUCAUUGGUAACUAGGAUCAUGCACAGUCCCAUAUUCACAUACAGCUAAACCAAGAUGUUAAUUCAACCAAGACUCAUAGUUUGCACAGACUCACAAUGUAUGCAGGCUUACACACUUAUAACCAGACUGAUGAGGAAUAUGCUCAAAACUGCCUAGUUGUUUUAUUUUUGUGACGAAAGACAUUUGAUCCACAGAAAAUGGAAUUAAAGGAAUUCCUUAAAACUUGAAGGGCCACUCAAAAGAUGUAAUCUUAUCAAAAUGAGUUUCCUGAUGACAUGCAUUAAGUUUCAUGUGCUCAACCUUUUGGGUUUUUAAGGACAUCUUAAGAGAAGUACAAAGAAAAACAUUUUCUUAAGAUACUUUAUGCAACUUGAACAUGUCUGUCUGUCGCAGAGGUUGUUGAAACAGCAGCUGCUGGUGUCAGUGUGAUUCAUUUGUGCGAUGUUUCUCCACACAGACGUUUAGUGGCUGCAUUUCUCUGUCCUGUACACCAGUGUUUUAUACACAGGAUGUUGAACUUGGUCUGAAAGCUAUGUUCUCAUUUUGAAGUAAAUUUAAUUUUGAAAUGGUG